AUGACGGAAAAAGGUAAUGAUGAUGCAGUGCUGAUAGUCACCGAGCAAAUGAAAGAAGUAAUUGCCGAGGAAGUAGGAAAGACAAUUGAAAAUAGCCUAUCCGGUUUCAUAGAUAAGAUUCAAAACACGGUACUUUCGUUAGUCGAAGAAAGAAUUAAGAAGUUGGAGGAUAGUACCAACACAACAAAGGAAAAAUUGGGAGAGCGCAAGGGCUGCUCAUACAAGGAAUUCAUGGCAUGUAAACCGCCAUUUUAUAACGGAGAGGUGGAUCCAAUAAUAUGCCAACGAUGGCUGCGUGAUAUUGAAGGGGUGUUUGAGAGAACCCACUGCGACGCAAACGACUUCAUAGCUUACGGUACGGGUCAGCUGAGAGGUCAAGCAAAGGAUUGGUGGGAUAACAAGAAAAAGGAAAUUGGAAGCGAAGCGGCAAGAGCGAUGACGUGGGAUGAGUUUAAGGUGCCAUUCCUUAAACACCACAGCCCCAAGGCAGUUAUUAACCGAAUCAAGGAGGAAUUUAUUCAACUAAGGGAAAAAGAUGAAUCUAUCGAUAAAAUCACGGGGAUCUUUCUUGAUAAACUGAGAUUCUGUGACGAGUUUGUAAUGUCCGAAGAACAGAAAGUAUAUUAUUAUUAUAAUAUUCUAAGUACAGAGUACCGGGAGUUCAUGACUCCCUCGAAAUAUGAAACUCUUACCGAGAUCAUAAACACGGCCUGGGAAAGAGAAAUUAAACUGAAAAAGCAAAUCGGGAGAGGUGAAAGAAGGGCACAGUCUGUUAAUCCAAGCCCUGCAAAGAAAGCACGAACCACGGAGUCAUCAAAGAAACAUGAAGGGAAAAGUGGUUCGCCGAGUUGUAAGGUUUGCGGGAAAGGGCACAAGGGCGAGUGUCGAUUUAAAGAUAAGCCAUGUCCUAUAUGUGGGAAGACAGGGCACACGGCUGCAUUAUCCCCGGGGAAAGUGUCAGUUUGUUAUAAAUGCUAUCAGCCGGGUCAUAAGAAAUCAGAAUGCCCAGAGUUGGUCGGGAAGAAGGAUGGCAAGGAUUCGCAAGCAGAAACUCUGAAAGCAAAACCCAGAUCCUUUCAGUUAACCGCGGUCGAGGCAAAGAAGGAACCUGAUGUGGUUUCAGAAGUAGAAAUAGGUGACAAUAAAAGUUUUAUUGUGUGUGACGUAUGUCGAGAUUGUAAGAUGAGUAUCGAUGGUGAAGAAUACUCAAUAGACUUGAUCCUGAUGUCAAUGGGAGACCAAAUAGUGGUCGGGAUGGAUUGGUUAUCCCGAUAUCACGCGAAGGUGGUGUGUUUCCGCAAGGAGAUAAAACUGACAUCUCCAAGUGGAAAACACGUUACCCUUUAUGGCGAGAAAGGGGGUAAUCCCGUUAUGUGCUCAAUGCUAAAGGCUCACAAACUUAUGAGGCACGGAUGUAGAGCGUUCAUGAUUUAUGCAAAUGAACCCGAGGAGGGAUUGCCGAAGAUUGAAGACGUACCGGUAGUACGUGAGUAUGUAGAUGUGUUUCCGGAAGAUUUACCGGGGGUACCACCCAAACAGGAGGUAGAAUUUGGAAUUGAACUAAUUCCGGGUGCGAAACCCGUAGCCAAAGCACCGUAUAGGCUCGCGCCAUCAGAGUUACAAGAAUUAAUGUCUCAGAUUUAA